AUGGGAGUAAGAGAAUUAGAAAACCGUUUUGUCGCAACCCUGAGAACCUGCUCGAAAAUCGCGGAACUGAAGAAGCUUCACGCUCACAUCGUGAAGUUAUCACUGUCACAGAGCAACUUUUUGGCCACCAAAAUGUUGGAUCUGUGCGACAACUUGGGUCACGUGGAUUACGCGACCUUGAUAUUCCAAAACCUAGAGGACCCAAACGUGUUCUCUUACAACGCAAUAAUCAGAACCUGCACUCAUAAUCACAAAUAUUCUCUAGCAAUUUAUGUUUUCAAAGAAAUGCUGAGACAUGCAACGAAAUCAGCACUGCCAGACAAAUUCACGAUCCCUUUUGUGAUAAAGUCGUGUGCAGGCAUUCCGUGUCGUCGUCUCGGGCAGCAAGUUCACGCGCAAGUGUGCAAGUUUGGACCCAAGUCGCACGCAAUAACAGAUAACGCGCUGAUUGAUAUGUACACGAAGUCUGGCGAUUUGAAAGGUGCAUACCAAGUGUUUGAGGAAAUGACUGAGAGAGACGCAGUUUCGUGGAAUAGUUUAAUCUCGGGGCACGCGAGGCUGGGGCAGAUGAAGAGUGCGAGGGAAGCGUUUAAUGAAAUGCCUUGUAGGACAAUCGUGUCUUGGACGACUAUGAUUAAUGGGUAUACCAAAGCAGGGUGUUCUGUGGAUGCGUUAGAGAUUUUUCGCGGGAUGCAAGUGGUGGGUAUUGAGCCUGAUGAGAUAAGUGUUAUAUCUGUUCUGCCGGCGUGUGCACAGCUUGGGGCUCUUGAAGUUGGGAAGUGGAUUCACAAAUACUCGGAGAAAAGUGGGUUUUUGAAGAAGACUGCGGUGUGCAAUGCACUGAUUGAAAUGUAUGCUAAAUGUGGCUGCAUUGAUGAAGCUUUGGAGUUGUUUUAUCAGAUGGUUGGGAAGGAUGUGAUUUGUUGGAGUACCAUGAUUGGGGGACUGGCGAAUCAUGGAAAAGGGUAUGAAGCAAUUCGAGUUUUUGAAGAUAUGCAGAAUGCAGGAGUGGCUCCUAAUGGGGUAACAUUUGUUGGUGUUUUGUCAGCUUGUGUUCAUGCAGGGCUGUGGAAGGAGGGGUUGAGAUAUUUUGAUGUUAUGAGGGUGGAUCACCAUUUAGAGCCAGAGAUUGAGCACUAUGGUUGCCUAGUUGAUCUUCUAGGACGCUGGGGACGGCUUCAUGAGGCUCUUGACACAAUAAUGAAGAUGCCAAUGCAACCAGACUCCAGGAUAUGGAACACUUUGUUGAGCUCUUGCAGGAUUCAUCGCAAUCUUGAGAUUGCUGUUGUUGCCAUGGAACAGCUUUUGGAGCUUGAGCCUGAAGAGUCUGGAAACUAUGUGUUGCUUGCUAACAUAUAUGCAGAACUUGGGAAGUGGGAAGGUGUUUCAAAUGUUAGGAAACUCAUCAGAAGCAAGAGGAUAAAGAAAACACCGGGGAGUAGCUUGAUUGAGGUUAAUAAUAUAGUUCAGGAAUUUGUAUCCGGUGACGAUACAAAGCCCUUUUCACAAGAUGUUUUCACGAUCCUAGAAGGGCUGACUUUACACCAAACUACAGCCAGUGACUUCAUGGAGUUUGUGGAAGAAGAUGCAGGCCAAGGCCAACUUUACAGAAAAUUACCACUUUUUAAUCAAUUUCUAUAA